UUGGAUGGCCACUCUCUGUCUCUGCUGCGCUAGCUAUCUCUGGAGAUUGCAAAAUACAAAAAGAAAAAAAAAAAAAAAAAGAAAAGAAAAGAAAAAAGAAGAACAGCAAACAACAAACAAGAAACAAGAGAAAUAGAAGAGAUAAUUGAGCCGACCCGACCGGCCCGAGAAUUGGAAAGAAAUGGCGGCGUACAGAGCAGAGGACGAUUACGACUAUCUAUUCAAGGUGGUGUUGAUAGGAGAUUCAGGUGUAGGGAAAUCAAAUCUACUCUCCAGAUUCACUAGAAAUGAAUUCAGCCUUGAAUCCAAAUCCACUAUCGGUGUUGAAUUCGCUACCCGUAGUAUCCGCGUCGAUGAUAAGAUCGUCAAAGCCCAGAUUUGGGAUACCGCUGGCCAAGAAAGAUAUCGUGCAAUCACGAGUGCUUACUACCGAGGAGCUGUUGGUGCAUUGCUAGUGUAUGAUGUCACAAGACAUGUCACAUUUGAGAAUGUUGAGAGAUGGUUGAAGGAGCUAAGAGGUCACACAGAUGCUAAUAUUGUGAUUAUGCUUGUGGGUAACAAGGCAGAUCUGCGGCACUUGCGUGCUGUUUCCACUGAAGAUGCUAAGGCCUUUGCUGAAAGGGAGAACACAUUCUUUAUGGAAACAUCUGCACUUGAGUCUAUGAAUGUUGAGAAUGCUUUCACUGAAGUGCUUACUCAAAUAUAUCGUGUAGUUAGCCGGAAAGCGCUUGAGGUAGGGGAUGAUCCAGGAGCCUUGCCUAAAGGACAAACCAUCAAUGUUAAGGAUGAUGUUUCAGCAGUUAAGAAAGUUGGCUGCUGCUCUGCUUGAAUGCUGCUCUGAGGAUUGAGAAGGUGAAAAAUAUGUCAAACCUCAGUGAACAUAGACUUCUAGACUUCCAGUGGUCAAGAUAUAGCAGGUCUCUCCCAAAUGAACCAUUACAAUUAUAUCUCAGGUUGCUAAAGCUUCUAUGAGAUUUGGUCUAGAGGUCCAAAGAAAUUAUCUGCAUCUUUCAGAUUUCAUUUUUAAUUUGGUAUCAGUUCUUUGAUAGUUAGUUGAGGUUUUUCCUCCUCGUGUAUUGUUUUAUCGCCUAGCUCAGCCGAUGUUGUAUUUGAUUGCUCUAGUAUAGACAUUGUCAGAAAAUUUUAAUUUGUGGAGUGAUUUGCUUCCUUUCCUUA